AUGGGAAUUGCCUGCAACUCUGGGGAGGUUUUAAAUUCUGAGAACAACAACGCCUUCUUGGUGGCGUCAACCUCAGAGGAAAGGGCUGAGCCAGGCCAGGUGCUAAAAGAGGAGAGGGUCCCAGGCUCCAGCAAGGAACUGGACAACCCAGAGGAGUCCGAGUCUGAUGUCUCCUGGACCACCCAAAUGAGAAAAGGGAAGCUGGUGAGGGAUAGAGAGGCUGUGGACAAGUUUAAAGAGGGGCUCCUGCAGGCCAUGGAAGCUGAGCUCAAGUUGCCUGACAUGGGGAGGAAAAGGGGUGAAACUGGGGACACCCAGCCAGACGGUCCGAAGAAGCCAGAAGAGAACAGACAUUGUGCAGCAGCUUUGAAAAACAAGAAGGAGCAGAGAAACCAGAAGGCUGCUGCACCAGAGGCUCCGUCGGGAACACCUAACCCGGAGGAUGGAGUCACCGUGUACUUCCACGCUAUUGUCUCCCGAGACUUUGCAUUCAACCCUGACAACCACAGAGUGUAUGUCAGAGGGGGACAGGAACUCGGGAAGAAGGGCUGGAGUGAUGCUUGCGAGAUGUGCUACACCAAAGACCUUGGUGACCUCGGGUCUCUCAUCGAGGGCUGCAUGGUCAUCCCCAGGCAGAGCCUGGACAAACCCAUCCCUUAUAAAUAUGCCAUUUACCGUGGUGGCAGUAACAAGGAUACCGCAGAGUACGAAUUCAUCUAUGAGCAGCCGGAGAAGAGGGGCGAGCACGUGAACCGCUGUCUGCUGGUUGACUCUACCCUCUUGGGCACUGGAGAGUGGCAUCAGUAUGAUGACAUCAUCUGCAUGAGGCCUCCUGGGAAGGUCCAGAAAUUUGUGAAUGCUUUCACUGAUGGCACGAGAAAGGACCUGGUGAAGGGGAAGAAGCAUGCCGCUGCCAUCAUGCUGGACCGGAUCUUCAGUAUCCUCCAGCCCUGGAGUGCCAUCAACCUGCAAAGCUUUAUGACCCAGUUCAAGCAGUUUUAUUCUGUGGUCCGAGUGCCUAAGAUCCACGACGGCCGUGCUAGGCCAUGGUCCAGUCUGCAAUAUGAUGAGAAAGAGGUGAGGAGGAACCUGUGGGAGCACGUGAAAAAACAGAUGGUCCCCUUCCUGGACGGGAAGAGCAGGGACCCCCUGCCUAUCGACUGCCCUGUGAGGAGUAGACUGAAGUUGGGCCUGGCCAUCCUUUUCAUGGUGGAAGCAGUUGACUUUGCUGUCCCUAAAGCAGACCUGGUCUCACUGUGCUGUCUCCUUGUCCCGAGCACUGGCUCACCAGAAGCUCUUCACAGUGACCUGAGCCCCAUCCUCAGCACCUCUCAGAAAUGGCGUGCGUACCUGAUAAACCUGUGCCACAGGUGCACAACUGAGGGGGUCGACCACUGGCUGGGCACCUUACCUGUCCUGCACUACUGCAUGCAGCAGUCUCCACCCAGGAAGGCCUCUAAGAGCCAGCCCGAGGACACCUGGGCAGGCCUGGAAGGAAUCUCUUUCGCACAGUUUCGGGACAAAGCUUCCCCUAAGAGCCAGGUUCUCCAGUUUAUGCAGCCUAGGAUGGCCCUGCUGCAGGUGGAUGAGUACCUCUUCCGCUCCUGGUUCAGCCUCGUUCCUCUGGAAAGCUUGACUUCCUACUUGGAAAACUCCACUGAAUACUUGAGUCAUGUGCCUGCUCGCCUCCUGGAUUGUUUUCAAGGGAUUUCAUACCGGCUCCGAGGGCUGGGGAAGAUCUCCAACCAAAACUUGGAGGAUAUCGAGCGCAUCUUUAAAAUGCUGAUUCACCUUGUGGACAUUUAUCAGGACACGAUUUUUGGGGAGACCCAGCUGCAGACCUACUUAACCGAGUGUCUGACCAUCCAUGAAACUGUCUGCGACAUCACAGCUGACAGGAAGUUCUACAAGAUCCCUGCCCUGUCGGCUGAGCUUGUCUGUAAAAUGCUUAAGCUUAAACCUCCAGGGGGUACCCCAGACGGGCUGGCUGCUAAAGCUCAUGAAGACUUGGUGACAAGCACUCUCCAGGAGGCCCUGAACACCACAAGAAAAUGGCUGCGCCGCAUGCUCAAAAGCAGCAUGUUCUAUACCGGCUUAGCCUCUGUCCGCUUCACCUAUCCUGAGGAGAUGGCGCUGUGGUGCCGGCUGGUGGCCAUCGACUUCCCAGAGGAGUGUGGCUGGAGGAGGUCGCUGCUGGGAGACAUGGAAGGGAGGCUCAAGCAGGAGCAGCCCCGGUUGCAGAUCUCUGUCUUCUGCAGCAGUCAGUGGCAUUAUGGUGAACUCCAUGACAGCGUGGCCAGGAGCUUUGAGAAGUGUCUCAUUGAAGCCGUGAGCUCUGUCUACCAGUCUCAGACCAGUAUCCUCCAGGGACUCUCUUGUCAAGAUUUGCAGAAAUUGGGUACUCUCUUGUCUGCUGUGAUAACCAAGUCCUGGCCUGUGCACAACGGGAAGGCUGUGCUUGACGUGGAUGAGAUCUUCAAAUACCUACUUACGUGGCCAGAUGUGAGGCACCUCUUCAAACUGUGUGGAACCAAUGAGAAAAUCUUAGAACACAUCACAGGGGAAGGCAGGCAGCUGCUGGGCACGGCUGAGUCUGUGUUCCAAAAGGCUGCAGAGGAACUCGAGAACGGCACCAUUGCGGUUGGGCAGCUGGAGUUGAUCCUUGAGCACAGGACUCAGUUUGUUGAAAUCUGGAACUUAAACAGAAUACGGCUGCCACUCCAAGAGAAGGCCUGUGAUUUGAAGGACUUGCUGGAGAUGAGAGAGGAUGAUCUGCGGUUCCUCAAGCGAGAAAAGAGAUACGUGGAGAGUCUCCUGAGGCAGUUUGGGAGAGUGAAACACCUCGUGCAAGUGGAGUUUGGAAAUAUUGAAGCAAUACACUCUCAAGACCUCAGCAAUAAGAAACUCAAUGAAGUUGUGAUAAAGCUACCUGGCUCCUCAUUCCCCAAAAGGAAGACACAUUACUUCUUGUGCCCUGAGAUCCGAGAAAUUGCAAGCCAGCUAGACUCCCUAAAAGACAGCCACAUCUUCCAAGUUUUCUGGCAAGAGAUGGCAGAGUUGCUGAGUACUCUGAAUCAGGACCACAGAGAGUUGGAGCUUUUGCUCCCAGACGCCUGUGAAUGCCUGUACUGCCCCUGCUAUGCGAAAUUCCACAGGCUCUAUGAGAACGUGAAGUCCGGAGAGAUCACCUUUGCUGAAGUUGAUGACAUCUUCAGAGACUUUGUAGAUAAAUAUGAUGAGCUGACUGUUGACCUAAAGUCCAUGUGCACCGUGGACCCCCAGGACCAAAAAGGUUGGAUCUCAGAGCGUGUUGGGCAGAUCAAAGAAUACCAUAGCCUGCACCAGGCCGUCAGCUCUAAUGAAGGAAGGCCACCUGUCCCAGAGGCCAUUGCAGGUCUAGGCAGCAGCAAGUGA